UUCCUGGCUUGACUUCCACAGACCCCCAGCUCUGAUACGGCUGUCACCACAACCAGGUUUCGACAAAAGAGACCUGCUACAUACCUAUCACACCAGCGCGCCCCCCAUCCCCAACCGUCGCCAGAUCAAGUAUAGAUCCAUCGGUACCACACCCAAAACAGCAUCCCAUCUCCACCAAAUUUGGUCUCUUUACCUCGUGAUUCAAGCUAUCAGAAAUGGCCGACAUCACCGAACAUCACGAGCAGGCCUCGCCGCAGGGCGAAAUCGAAGAGGCGCAAUCGGUCGGCAACGGUAGCGCGACCGAGAAUCGCGGCAUCAAACGUCAACGCCCCAGCGGUCCUGAUGACGACGACGACGACGAAGAGAAGGGCGGCCGCGAACGUCGCAAGAUAGAGAUUAAGUUCAUCAACGAUAAGUCGCGACGCCACAUCACUUUCUCCAAGCGAAAGGCUGGCAUAAUGAAAAAAGCCUACGAGCUUUCGGUCUUGACGGGCACCCAGGUGCUCCUUCUUGUCGUGUCAGAAACCGGCUUGGUCUACACCUUCACAACGCCGAAGCUGCAACCGCUGGUCACUAAAGCCGAGGGCAAGAACUUGAUCCAGGCGUGCCUGAAUGCUCCCGAGCCCGGCCAGGGCAACGAAAACGGCGUGGACGACGGAAAUCAAGUCGAAUCGCCGGAGGAGCCGCCCCAGCAACAUCUCCCUCCUCAAGCCACCCGCCAGCCGGGCAUGCCCCAGAACCCACAUAUGCCGCCUAAUUAUAUGCCGAACAUGGGCAUGGAUCCAUCGAAUCUUGCCUAUGGCGGCUAUGUAAAUCAGCAGCGAGGAGGUGGUUAUCCAAUGCCUCAACCUGGCAUGCCGCAGCAUACGUCUCACCAGUCAUGAUGGUGUGCCUCGAUGCCUCAAAAUGUUACUAGCUGAUACCCCGGCAUACUGCAUUACGGAGAUCUCGAGCUUGGUCUGGACAUUCCCUGACUAUCCAAACUAAUACGCGAGGUUCGGCGGUCUGGCGUUCUGCUUGGUGUUGCUUGCAUUAUACUUGAUUUAGCGGCUACGGCCGCCAUUCAUUUUCCCGCUCUCUUGUCUCUUUAUUUCGUUGAUUCAUCGCCUUUCAAUGUUUUCCCUCUUAUC